UAUUACUUUUUGUUAUAUAAUGACCAUAUAAGUAUAGUAACAAAUCUGUCUGUCAGCCCCGCAUGACUUAAAAUUCUCACAUUAUUAUAAGACCAAGACUGAUGCAUCCUCAAAUUACUACAAUCCCACACUAAAUUACAAUUCUUUUCCUCUCUUCUCCUCCCUUAUAUUAUUCCUUUCCCCUUUACAUACAUUCAAAGAAACAAAACACAGAAAAAAAAAAUAUGGGGGGAGACCUCUGUGCAAGUGCAACUGGUUCUUUCACCAAAAUGGAGAAAAAGGUAAAUGAAGCAAUUUCAAAGAGCAGAAUUGGCAAAUUCUUCAAGUUGGAGGCUAGAAAAAGCUCUUUCACUAAAGAGUUUCGUGCUGGCACAGCCACGUUUCUUACCAUGGCUUAUAUAAUCACUGUCAACGCUAGCGUUUUAUCGGAUUCUGGUGGCACUUGUUCCAUUUCUGACUGCACUUUUCCGUCUAACCAAACACAUGCAACGCCAGACUGCAUGUUGAAAGCAAAUGAAGGUUAUGAUAAGUGUGUUUCUAAAAUGAGAAGUGAUCUUAUUGUGGCUACUGCUUUAGCUUCUAUGAUUGGUUCAUUUGCUAUGGGCUUAUUGGCAAAUCUUCCUUUGGGCUUGGCACCAGGUAUGGGCCCAAAUGCUUAUUUAGCUUAUAAUUUAGUGGGCUUUCAUGGGUCUGGUAAAAUGUCAUAUCAAACUGUUAUGGCAAUUUUUUUAGUUGAAGGUUGUGCUUUUCUUGCUAUAGCUGUUUUUGGGCUACGUGGGAGAAUAGCCAGGUUUAUACCUCAGCCUGUGAGGCUUGCUUGUGCUGCUGGGAUUGGGCUUUUUAUUGCAUUUGUGGGCUUACAAGCCCAUCAAGGUGUAGGCCUUGUUGGGCCUGAUUCAUCCACUUUGGUCACACUCACUGCUUGCUCAAAUACAAAUCCUUUGACAGGAGAAUGCAUUGGUGGGAAAAUGCAAAGCCCAACUUUUUGGUUAAGUUCAGUUGGGUUUAUAAUAAUGUGUUAUGGACUAAUGAAAGAGAUUAAAGGUAGCAUGAUAUAUGGUAUUCUAUUUGUGACAUUAAUUUCAUGGAUUAGGAAUACUUCUGUCACAAUUUUCCCUAACACACCAUCUGGUAAUUCAAGCUAUGAGUAUUUCAAGAAAGUGAUAGAUUUUCAUAAAAUUGAGUCCACAGCUGGAGCUUUAAGUUUUAGCCAUUUUAACAAUGGUGAAGUAUGGAUAGCUUUAUUAACAUUGCUAUACAUAGAUGUGUUAGCUACCACAGGUACAUUAUAUACAAUGGCUGAAAUUGGUGGAUUUGUUAAUGAAAAAGGAGAAUUUGAAGGUGAAUAUACCGCAUAUAUGGUUGAUGCAGGAUCAACAAUAGUUGCAUCAACUUUAGGAGUUUCACCUAUAGCCACAUUUAUAGAAUCAUCAGCAGGGAUAAAAGAAGGUGGACGAACGGGAAUAACAGCGAUAGUCGUUGGAUUUUAUUUUCUAUUGUCUUUGUUCUUUACACCUUUGAUUGCUAGUGUGCCACCAUGGGCUAUAGGUCCAUCUUUGGUAAUGGUUGGGGUGUUGAUGAUGAGAGUUGUUAAGGAUAUUGAUUGGAACAAUAUUAAGCAUGCAGUGCCUGCAUUUGUUACUAUGGUGUUAAUGCCUUUGACGUACUCAAUUUCCAAUGGUAUUAUUGGUGGAAUUGGGGUGUAUAUUGCUCUAAGUUUGUAUGAUAGCAUGGUGUUUUGGGUCAAGUGGUUGGGGAAAAUGAGAAAGAUGGUGGUGAAGGAGCACAAUCAGGUGUCAGCUACCAAUGCAGAUCAGAGUACUGAAAUUAUUUGAUAUUUUUGUCGAUGUAAUUUAGUAGUAGUUCAUUUGGGUUGGAAGUAGUUCUUUCUUUUUAAUUUCAUGCAGUGAUAGUAAAUGCACAAGCCACCGUGAUAGGCAAGGUGUGAUAGACGGACCUUUCAAGGGCGCUUGUGCAUCUUUGGUCUUUGUGGUAUUUAGCUCUCUUGUUAUAAAAAUGCCAAGUAUCAAGAUUUUGAUAAUUGUGCUUUGUGUUUUUUCUUAUCGAUAGUGAAGCGCCUAAUUGCCGUU